AUGAACUCAAGAACAUAUUCCACCACCACCACCAUUCGACCACCGUCCGCCAUCACCACCAUCCGCAACUACCACCCACCUCCAUCUCCACCUAAAACUUUUGCAUCUUUCCACCAUCUGGAGGUUUUAGAUUUGAGUGGCAACAGUUUUGUUGGGAUCGUCCCAUCAGCAGCAUUAUCUUCCUUAAGAGCUGUCUCAUUCGCUUACAAUUAUCUUAAUGGAUCAUUAUCAGAUCAUGGUUCAUUCUCGUUCAGUUCCUUUGCCGAUCAUGUAAAGCUUGAGGUGGUUUUGUUUAGAAGUGAUAAUGACAGAUUUGAGGUGGAAACCGAAGAGCCUAUAGGUUGGAUUCCAAUGUUCCAGUUGAAAAUCCUUGAGCUAUCUAAUUGUAAUAUGAAAAUGCCUAAAGGAUUUGUUAUUCCUGGGUUUCUACUUCACCAGCACAAGUUACAGGAAGUAGACAUGUCUCACAGCUCCUUGGAGGGACACUUCCCAAAUUGGUUGAUUAAAAACAACACGUAUCUGGAACGUCUUGUUCUAAGGAACAACUUGUUUGUCGGUAUGCCUUUGUAUAGGAAUGCUAAUAUGCUGGAGUUGGAUAUGUCUGGAAAUCGCAUGAUAGGUACUAUUCCUGACGAUAUACCAAAGUUCUUUCCCAACAUAGGGCAUUUGAAUUUGUCCAUGAAUAGUUUAAGUGGUGUUAUCCCAUCCUCAGUCGGUGAAUUGAGUGAAUUAUUGAUGCUGGAUUUAUCAGACAAUGAGUUAUCAGGAGAAAUACCAAAGGGAUUCUUUACAAAAAAGUCUAGUUUGAUGAUCUUAAAACUAUCAAGGAACAAAUUGCACGGCCAGGUACUCUCAGGAAACUUAACCUGGGGCAGCCUCUAUUUGGUUUACUUAGAUAGCAACCAUUUCACAGGGAAAAUUGGAAAUAAGAGCAACAAGGAAAAGCUUGAAUCUCUGAAGGUUUUGGAUAUUAGCAAUAACUUGUUUACAGGCAUCAUCCCUGAUUGGAUAGGCAACAUGAGUAGCUUGUCUGAAUUGGUGGUGAGAAAUAAUAGUUUCCAAGGCCCGUUUCCUUGUGGAGCAGCUCCAUUUUCAUUUCUUGAUAUUUCGCAAAAUUCUUUCUCCGGACCCAUCCCGUCCUGUUUGAAUUUGCAAAAUAUGAAGCAUCUUCUUUUGGGUUCCAACAAAUUCAUUGGAUCAAUACCCAAAUCCUUUCGUAAUUUGACUCAGGUUUUGACUUUGGACAUUGGCAACAACUCCGUGUCAGGCAGGAUUCCUACAUUUCUUGGUGAAUUAUCCAAUUUAAGAAUUCUUCUUUUAAGAAAAAACAACUUGAGUGAUUCCAUCCCGAAGCAGUUGUGUCAAUUAAGUAAAGUGAGUUUGUUAGACUUAUCUGGUAACUCACUUUCUGGUUCGGUACCUAGCUGCCUUCACAAUAUUACUGGCCCAACCGACCUUGCUUUCUUCAAAAAUGUGAUGGUGAGGUAUAGCCUUGAUUCCUCUCCCCAUUAUGGGAGUAUUCUAUUGGGGAUGCAUCCUAUCUACCUCAACAGUGAAGUAUUGGAAACACAAGAUGAAAUUCAAUAUACAACAAAAAGGCUCUUUCUCAGCUACAAGGGUGGCAUCCUUGAUUACAUGACAGGAUUGGAUCUAUCUAGUAACAAACUUACAGGUGAAAUUCCACAAGAACUUGGGGGGUUGAGCCAGAUUCGCGCUUUAAACCUGUCUCACAAUCAGCUGACUGGACCCAUUCCAGUGAGCUUCUCAAAUCUUGCAAAUAUGGAGAGCUUGGACCUUUCCUCAAAUGGAUUGACUGACAAAGUUCCAUCAGAACUGAUUCGGAUCAAUUUUCUAUCUUUUUUCGAUGUGUCUCACAACAAUUUGUCGGGUAGACUCCCAGAAAGGAAAGGACAGUUUAGUACCUUUACGAAAGCGAGCUACCAAGGCAAUCCACUUCUUUGUGGACCACCACUAGACAAUAGAUGCAGAACUCAGUUGCAGGCUUUUAAAGAAGAAAAACGCACUGAGAAAUGGUAUGAUAUCGAUAUGACGUGUUUCUAUGGAAGUUCUAGUUCAACAUGUGUUGUGUUCUUGUUGGGAUUUUUUGCGCUUCUUUACAUCAAUCCUUACUGGCGCAGAUGGUGGCUAAACUUGGUUGAAGAUUGUAUGUAUGCAUGCUGUUACUUCAUUUAUGAUUCACUAAGAAAGCCUUGUAUGAUCUUCCGCAAGUAG